GUACAGUUCAUAAUCCCAACAGCCACAUAAUAAAAAUAUAUUAAUGCGCGUGUUUGUGCUCGUCGCCAUCCGACGUGAUCCGCACGUGCCUUACCCGCCCUCCGUGUGGCAGCUCCAACACCGACUGCGUCAGCAGAGCGCACGAAGCUGGCGUGCGACGUCCACUGCCUUCCUCUGCACGCGCGAUGAGCUUUUUAAAUCCCUGCGGCGUGUCUCGGCAGAGCCGUGCGACCGUGCCGAUGCCCUCCACCGCAGGAACGCCACACUCACCUCUUCGCCUCCGCUGUUUUGGUUCUUUACAGCGCUGCUCGACGUCGCCGGUUGCGAAGGGGACGUGGAGGUGGUGGCGAUGAUCGUGACAGAUCUGUGUCGCGCGUGGCCUGGCGCGGCUGCCCACAUGGAGGUCUGUCGCAGCACACACCCCAGCAGCACCAAGUCCACCACACCUCCUUCUACGUGGCCACCGCCGCCGGAAAGCAUGAAUGAAGAAAAACACAACUCGUUGAACUUCGUGGAGCGCGAGGAAACGCUGCUGGUGCUCCUGGCUGAUGGGGUGGAGGCGGACGCACGCACGCAAGACGCAUUGCUGCGCCGCUGGGGCGUCGGCUCGGCGUGGGAUUACACACGCGCGUUGUGUGGUCGGUGCUGGUGGACCGAGGCGGGCUAUGUAGCCGUACUCCCCACAAACGCAGCUGCCGUCGUCGACGACCUUCUUCGACGCGAGCUGGCACGACUGUGGUUUGACGAAUCAAAGGACGUGCCUGCGUUGACGCCUCUCUGUACGCUUGGUGCCGUCCUCGACGCCGCUCUGGCGAGUGCCACACUGGAAAAGGCUCUCACAAACCGUUUGGAGAGUUUGUUCAGCACACAGCUCGUUCCGCAGGGCUUGUAUGAGGGGGCCUUCCACAAGGCAGUGGUUGCCGUGCCUCCGACGGUCGCGCUCUUCCUGUCUCGGCUGUCGCCCCGCCUGCUGCACGACUGUGUGGUGUUUCAUUGCCACGACCGGCCUUUGUUUCCGUUUGGCCGGCACUUCAGCGACGUGAAGACGACCAAGUUUAGAUCAACAGGUAGCGAUGGCGGCGCGGACGACGACGACGAUCAUGCCGAGCCGGUGGUGAUGCCGUCUGCGUGUCCUGACUUAUUUCUCCCCCUCUCGAGGGAAAGGCAGCGCUCCUCUUGUUCUUCCUCUUCCGCCAAAAAACUACGAGAGCGCUACGACGUUGCCGUGGAGGAGUCGCAACGGUUAGCGGACCUUCUGCACGAGUAUGACCUCCUCUUGUCCAACAAGGGCGCCGUGCGAGUGCCGCUGCCGCCCAUGUCGCGCUACGUCUUUACGCUGCUGCUGUGCCAGUGUGAGUUGCCGUCGACGCUGAUGGCACCAUUUAUUCAUCGCCACGCCGCCGUCGUUGCCUCGCAGGGGUGCGUGUGUGAAGAGGAGGAGAAACGCAAUGGGUCCGACUCCAGAGGCACAGCGAGCAACCACCGCGUUUCCUUCACCGAAGAGGAAAUUGUUUUAGGGAUCAAGGCGUCGUGGGCAUUGCAGCGCUGGACGGCGGCACUGCGUACCCGACCCCCAUCUCGUGGCGUCGUAGCACCACCGUCGUCGUUGCCCUCGUUGUGGGAAGAUGGUGUCCGUAUGCACUCCGAGGGCUACCUGGCGUGGGUGCGAGAUCAAAUGCAGUCUGCACAGCAGGAGGCAAAGGAACUUUUCAUUUGGAACGGCGAGACUGAUACCGCCCUUAACGACACACGUCGCGGUUCGACGUUUUGCACGCUGGAGCAAAACCUCUUUGCCCCUCUCCCUGUGACGUUUCGCGGCACUUCGACCGAGUGGAUUUUGAGCGCAGUGCGUGAGGUGGGAGAGCAGUACGCGCAAGUUCCUAGAUCGUUGCUGUCGGCAGCGGAGAUGGAGUUGGAUGACGAGCACCAACCCAACCCUCGCGAGUCUUCCAUGGUGGUACUUCCUACCACGAUGAGCUCAUGCCCUAAUGGCGCGCGGCUGGACAGUGAAACAUCAGAUGACCCAACCGACGACUACGACGCAGUUCAAGAAAGCAGCAACAACAGCGUAGCCGCCUCGGAUGGAAAGUCCGAGGAGGAAGAGGAAGAGGCUGCCACGCUGCUGGCACACAUGAAUGAGCUGGAGGCGGCGCUGCAGGCUGAACUGGGAAACGCCUCACCUCCUUUUCAUUCGAGACCGCACAGCGCAGAAGGACAACAUACGGAUGGCGUAAAAACGCCCGGGGUGGCGAGUGCGUGGCUGUCGAAGGAGGAUAUGGCGAACGUGUCACGAAAUGAGCUCUUUCUGAAUCAUGUGCAGCUCUUCGGUGAGGAGAUGGCCAACGAGAACUCGGUGUAA